AUGGAGCAGUCAUUAUCUUUGAAACAACAAGAUGAGGUGUAUUUGACGAAUGAUUCCUCGAUACUCAAUGAUUCUAAGUUGUUCCUGGGGCUUACAGUUGCCGGUUUUGCGCUGUCUAUGAUAACAACAGUGGGAAACGCGGUUUUGCUAGCGACAAUAUUUACGGAAAGCCGUCGUUUACUCGAAAAACCUCCAUCUCUACUCAUCACAAAUCUGUGCAUUUCUGAUCUUGUUGUUGGAUUGCUAGCAGGGAAUCUCGCCUCAGUGCUAGCUUUAUACCGUUAUCAGAGUUGGUUGGUUCCUGCCAAACUGGACGUUGUCGUUCGCUUUUUUCUGAGUUUGUUGUUGUUCGUAAGAAGCGGAACAAUAGUGACGUUGUCGUGUGAUCGCUACGUUGUCGUGGCACACACUUUUACAUACACAUGGAUGAUUACAAAGUCGAAAUACAAGAUUUCUAUUGCCUUCAUGUGGGCAGUUGGUUUUAUCCUUUCCAUUCUUCAGUUAACAAGCAUUCCGGAAAAAAUUGUCAUAAUUCUCUACGCUCACACUCACGUCUCAGUUCCUGCAAUAUUGCUGACAGUCAUUUACUUCAACGUUUUCCGAGCUCUAGUGAGAAGAACACGAGAGUUGCGAAACGUUGGGAUGAUAAAUAAGCAAGUUUGGGAUAAACAACGAAGCAUGGUGGUGACAAUUUUAUUGGUAUUGACUUUGUUUUACGCCACUGUGUUGCCCGAGUUUAUAAUUGUUCAUCUUCGCUACUUUUGCCAGCCAUGUGCGCAGUCCAUAACAUUUAAGAAGCUGGAAAUCAUAUUUGCGGGACUUCUCUUUUUGACGUCGGGAGCGAAUCCUUUUAUCUACGCUUGGAGACUAUCAAAGUACCGCCGAGCAUUUAAAACGUGCUUUGCCGCUAACAUGCAGAGAAAAACACCGAGACCAACGAAACGGCCAUUUAAUAACCGUGCUACAACCGUUGCGGGAACAAUUGCAACAGUUCAGGCGACAAGUUUAAAAACAUUUCAGCCAAGUUAA